GCAUCACCGCGACGGAGAGGGAGGAGGAAGGAAUCCUCACGCGGAUCUCCCCUCCGCCCUUCCCCCUCCCCACGCACAAAACCAUACAAAAAUCUCAUCUCAUCUCAUCCUCGCCGCCGCUAGCGCGCGGGCGGAGCACACGAGGAGCUCUCGAAGAAGCGCUCAGCUGCUCGCUCGCGGGGUAGAUCGGGAGUCCACCCGCCCGCCAUGGCGGCCGCAGCGGCAGCAGGUAAGGGAAGAGAGACGGAGGGGUCGCUGGCUCGCCGCGCGUGGAGGCAGUACCUGCGCCAGCUCCAGCUCCACCCUCUCAGGACCAAGAUGAUCACGGCCGGGUGCCUCGCCGGCGUCAGCGACUCGGUGGCGCAGAAGCUCUCCGGGUACGACAAGAUCGAGAAGCGCCGCCUUCUGCUCAAGAUGCUCUUUGGGUUUGCUUAUGGUGGCCCUUUUGGCCAUUACCUCCAUAAAGUGUUAGAUUAUAUCUUCAAAGGAAAGAAGGAUACCAAAACUAUAGCUAAGAAGGUGCUACUGGAGCAGAUCACUUCUUCUCCCUGGAACAACUUGCUCUUCUUGUUCUAUUAUGGUUAUGUUGUUGAGAGGAGGCCUCUUAAGGAGGUGAAGACCAGGGUCAGGAAACAAUAUCCCUCGGUGCAGUUGUCUGCUUGGAUGUUUUGGCCAAUCGUUGGUUGGAUAAACCAUCAGUACAUGCCGUUGCAGUUCCGGGUGAUUUUCCACAGCUUUGUUGCAUGUUGUUGGGGGAUAUUUCUGAACCUGCGGGCAAGGGCCAUGUCUUUGAAGCAGUCGUAGACAGUUUAGUAGGCAAAAUUGUAGCACCUCCAACUUGAUUCGUACUUACUGAAGCACAAGGAUGCCGAGUGCUAUGCAAUAUGCUGCCAGCAACGAAUUGUUAUGGGUGGUCCAGGAUUUGGAGUAUUUAUCUAGUGUUUAGUUGGGUUUGUUUGUCAACAAAUGUGAGUUUGGUAACAAGGUUAUUCUAUUGACACUGGUUAUAAUUCAUGACCAAACCCAAAGUAUGAUUGAUAUCUAUGGAUGUGCUUGGCCUGCCUUUGAAA